AUGGUUGUUAUGGGCAAAACUUCGAUUAUUCAUCUUGUCCUAAUAGCACUAUGGGCUCUUCCAACAGCAAACCGAACGCAAGCCUCGAUUGCUGCAAAUGCGGUGUUGACUGUGGGGAUCUUGUUCCUCGGGGUCCUCUCUUAUGUGGAACAUAACUAUUCAGUCAGACCUUCUCUUCUGCUGGGCAUAUACCUUUCCAUCACUCUGCUUUUCGACAUAGCAAAGACGAGGACUCUUUGGCUGCGCGAACUGGCGGAAGUCAACAGGACAAUUGCGAUUCUUACUUCCGUAGCAGUAGGAGUGAAGGCCCUACUCUUCCUUCUUGAAACGGUGGAAAAGCGGCGCAUCCUCAAGAAUGUCUAUGCCAAUUAUCCACCUGAAGCUACAGGGAGUAUCUUUAACAGAUUCUUCUUCUGGUGGUUAGUCCCUCUGUUCAGGGCUGGAUUCUCCAAGCUACUUUCAGUAGAGGAUUUAUAUACACUUGACAGGCAAUUGGCCUCCAAAACACUGCAUGAUUCUUUGGAGACUAUGUGGAACAACGGGAACAAAACCUCAUUGCUACUUGUUACAUUCCAGACAUUCAAGUGGCAGCUUCUCUCAGCCGUGCUUCCGCGAGCUUGUCUCGCUGCCCUGAACAUAUGCCAGCCUCUGCUACUACAUAGAUCGCUUUCAUAUUCGGUGGAGCCAGAAACCAGUGCCACUACUAACAUCGGUUACGGUUUGAUUGGUGCCUAUAUCCUCGUGUACCUUGGGAUGGCGAUAACAAUGGGCCAGUAUCAACACAUGACAUACCGCGCCAUCACAAUGGUGAGAGGUGCCGUGGUCUCCAUGGUGUACAGGAAAGCCACUACACUGAGCACUGAAGAUGCUGACCCUGCUUCAUCUCUUACACUGAUGAGCGCUGAUAUAGAAAGGAUUGUUCAAGGGUGGCAGACAAUCCACGAUAUCUGGGGUAAUGCCCUGGAGAUCGGCCUAGCUAUUUUUCUCCUGGAACAGCAGUUGGGGGUAGCUGCUGUGGUUGCUGUUGGUGUUGCUGUUGUGGCUCUUGCUGGCUCGUUAAUAAGUCUUGCGUUUGUGAUGUCGAGACAGGCGAUGUGGCUCGAAGCGAUCGAAAGACGCAUUUCAUCUACUACGUCAAUGCUUGCCUCUAUGAAAGGGAUCAAGAUGCUGGGCCUUAGUGACCUGCUUAUGACAUGCAUCCAUAACUUACGACUUGACGAGUUAAGUAUCUCAAGGAAUUUCAGGAAGCUGCUAGUAUGGAAUAUGGCCUUUGCUUGGACAACUCGGAUUUUCGCGCCGAUAUUCGCAUUCGGUGCGUUUGUCGGUAUCUCACAUAGAAAUGGAAAUGAUGCUGCCCUAAAUACUUCGACGACUUACACCUCACUAUCAUUGUUUGCUCUUUUGGCUGACCCACUCUUGAACCUGGUGAUGGCUCUAAUGACUUUCUUCGGGUCAGUUGGCUCCUUCCAAAGGAUCCAGGAGUUCCUCGAGAAGAAGGGUCAUGCGGAUUUCAGAGAUAAGUCCCAGCCGCUCCAAUUAGAGCCCGUUCAGGAAUCCAAGCAACUGGUUUUGGUUGAAGACGCUGAGACCCUAAGUGAUGAGUCAAGCUCGGCCAAAUCAGAGAAGGAGCGAACAGCUCUAUAUGAAAACAUGGUCACAAUCAAAAAUGGAGCGUUUGGGUGGGAUACCCAAAAAGAACCUCUACUGAAAAAGUUGACAAUCAUAAUCCCUCGUCAGACUUUUACCAUGCUAGUGGGACCCUCCGGCUGUGGAAAAUCAACCCUUCUCAAAGCUAUUCUUGGUGAAGUGCCAUGUUUACAAGGUACCAUAAGAUUAUCAUCUGAGCGUAUUGCGUACUGUGAUCAAACACCGUGGCAUAUGAAUGGUUCUAUCAAGCAGAGCAUUGUGGCAAUGUCUGGGUUAGACGAGGAUUGGUAUCUUUCAGUUAUCCACGCAUGCGCCCUGGUUGAGGAUUUCAGACAAUUACCCCGGGGAGACCAAACAAUUAUUGGGAGUAAGGGCAUUGCUUUGAGUGGAGGACAAAGUCAGCGUAUUGCACUUGCAAGGGCAGUAUAUGCCAGGAAGGAUAUCAUAGUUUUGGAUGAUGUCUUUAGCAGUCUUGAUGCGUCAACAGAAGAGCACAUUUUCCAGUGUCUGAUUGGCACACACGGCUUGCUCCGUUCAAUCGGCUCAACUAUUCUCCUUUCCUCAUCUUCUGUUAAACGAGUCCCUUUCGCGGAUCAUAUCAUAGUGCUCGGGAAUGAGGGUCUUAUCGCUGAACAGGGAAGCUUCAAAGCCCUUGAUCUAGCAGGCGGCUAUGUCUCAGGCUUUGCGUUAGGCCUGCCAGAACAAAACAACGCUUCUGAGAAGCCCAGUAAUUCAGGGAAGUCCGAUAUUCUAGUGAGCUCUGUGGAACAGGGCGAGGACAGCGAAGUGGAAAGUCCUGUGGCGGGCGGCGAUAUUUCGAUUUAUAUGUAUUAUGUCAAGUCGAUCGGCUGGCUCCCCACUCUUAUAUUUAUCAUCGCGAUUACAGGAUUCGUCUUCUGUAUAUCAUUUCCCAGUAUUUGGAUGAACUGGUGGGCUAGUUCAAAUGAAGCGGAGCCUGGUAAGCACACAGGUUACUAUCUGGGAAUUUACGCAAUGCUUGGUGCUGUUGGCAUGCUUUGUCUAAUUGUCGGUUGCUGGCAAAUGAUCAUUACUAUGGUGCCUAGAUCUGGAGAAAACUUUCACAGAAAGCUCUUAAGUACAGUUUUGAGCGCACCUAUGUUGUACUUCUCGAAAACAGAUAGCGGCGCCAUUCUUAAUCGAUUCAGCCAAGAUUUACAACUAAUUGACAUGGAACUUCCAGUUGCUGCUAUUAAUGCAUUCGUCACAUUCGUUCUCUGUAUAUGUCAAAUGGUGUUUAUUGGAAUAGCCUCAAAAUACGCGGCCAUCUCGUUCCCAGCGGUCAUUCUAGCGGUUUACUGCAUACAAAAAGUAUAUCUUCGCACCUCACGACAACUGCGAUUCCUGGAUCUUGAAGCUAAGGCACCUCUAUACUCUCACUUUUCUGACUGCCUCGGUGGUCUGGUGACAUUAAGGGCUUUUGGCUGGCAACAGUCUAUGGAAGAGAAGAAUUACGAACUACUUGACUAUUCUCAGAGACCAUUUUACCUUUUGUAUGCCAUUCAGCGCUGGCUUACACUCACCUUGGAUCUUGUAGUCGCCGGGAUUGCAGUUUUGUUGAUUGUCCUAGUUGUGGUACUACGUGGGUCUAUGAGCGCAGGCUACGUUGGUGUGGCCUUACUCAAUGUCAUCCUGUUCGGCCAGAGUAUAAAACUGCUGGUAACAUUCUGGACCAAUCUUGAGACUCACAUCGGCUCCAUCCUGCGUGUUAAGAUGUUCUCUGAGAAUGUACCUUCAGAGAAUCUGCCUACAGAACACGACAGCUUGCCACCGGACUGGCCAUCUCAAGGAAACAUAGUCUUUGACUCCGUCAGUGCAGAGUACAGACCUUCGGAGCCAGUCCUCAGCAACGUAUCUAUAUCUAUUCAAGCAGGCGAAAAAGUGGGGAUCUGUGGCAGGACUGGCAGUGGCAAAACCUCCCUCUUAAUGAGUAUCUUCCGGAUGGUUGAGCUCAGUUCUGGCAGCAUCCGGAUCGACGGCGCCGAUAUAUCAAAGGUGCCACGGCAAGAAGUGCGGUCUCGCAUUAACGGGGUCGCUCAAAGCCCCUUGUUGAUAAGGGGAAGUGUCCGAGAGAAUAUCGAUCCAACAGGCUGUCACACUGAUAAGGCCAUAAUGGAAGCCCUCAGAACCGUUCAACUCUCUUCCAAGGUCCUAGAAAACGGGGGCCUAAGCACUGAAGUUGACGAACUGUUCCUAUCCCACGGGCAAAAGCAACUCUUCUGUCUCGCUCGAGCAAUCCUGCGCCAAGGGAAUAUUCUCGUCCUCGACGAAGCUACCAGCAGUGUCGAUACCGUAACAGACGAGAUCAUGCAACGAGUUAUCCGGGAAAAGUUCAGCAACCACACAAUCCUCACCGUUGCCCACAAGCUUGAAACAAUCCUCGACUAUGACAAGAUAAUCGUGCUAGACGCCGGCCGGAUCGUUGAGUCCGGCAGUCCUUAUGCUCUUCUGUCUUCGGAUACCUCGCAUUUCAGCAAAUUAUAUGCAAGCUCGAAGAUGGAGGACGCCGAGUAG